AAAUCACUUUUAAUUUCAAACCUUACAUAAAGGAAGUCAUUUUUUUGAAUAGAUGGGAUAACCUUCAAUCAUUCAAACAUUAGUGGACAUCAAACCCAAGAGUCAUGACGUUAAAUCAUCUCAUAGUGAUCUAUUUCUUGACCAUUGGAUCUGUAAUUUCAUCAGACGACAGUGACGCAGACGACUCUGUCCCCCGCUACUCCAUCUUCGACAAGGACGUCAUCACCUCGGCCUUCAAGGGCGCUGAGCCCGCCGUUUUGCAGUACUUCAAGGACGAAAACCUGACCCUGUCAACAUUUCAAUGCCUAAUCCAGCCGGAAUCUCCAUUGAUACGCAAGGACUUGAAGCAGCGCUUCCUUCGCCUGGAUACAGACCACAACAAGGUCUUCGAUUCAAGGGACUUCUCUCCCCUGAAAAGAUUCGUCUUCUACCUUGACUUUGUCAUUCUAGGUGCUUUUAGAGGGAACGACUUCUCGCUCAGCAAGAGAGAGUUUAGUGCCUUCUUAGAAGACGCGCCUUUCCAUCCUAACAAGAAAUACAUAAGGGCAUUGCGAAAGGUCUUUGAUAUCGUUGACUUUGAUCAUAACGGAAUCUGGGAUCCAAGCGACUUCCUGGUUUGUCACGAAUGAAAAUAAAAAAAAAUAUUUUACAAUAAAGUUGAUGACAACGCAAAGUUUUAAUGCGCAAACUUUAA